AUGUGUAUGGAGAUGGGAAAGUGUGGGCACGUGAUUGAGCGCACCAAAAUAUGCUACAGGGAGAGAAUCUCAUUCCAUUUCCUCAUCUCCUACUUUCUUCUUUCCGCCAUGUCCAGAUUUUUCGCUUCCCGUUCUGUUGCUGCCAUUUCCAGAUUGGCUGCUCCGCAAUUGGCCAGAAGAGCCCCAAUUUUGUUGAACACCAGAACUUUUGCCUCUUCUUUGCGUGUCGCCAAUGCCUCCAAAGAAUUGCUUGAAGUGGUGAAAUCUGAACACAAACUUGCCACCUCUGUUGAAAACGAGUUGGCUCCAGACCACGCGGAGUACUUGACCAGAAGCGGUUUCAAGGUGUCCGAGGUGGAAAACGAGUCCAACGUCCAAUUGUCCAAGACUUUGGAGUCUGGCGAAGUGCUUCAAGUGUUCUUCGACAUUGACGAAGUUACCGACGUUUCUUUCGGUGCACCUGAGGCUGCUGAGGAGGAAGAGGCUGGCGAGAAGUUCGAGGACGAGCUUUACCAAUACGAGUCUACCUUUGCCAACGUCAAGGUUUUCGUGUCGAACCCAGCCAAAAACGAUGGUCUUUUCUUCAACUUGAUGUUGCAAAGCUCAGAAGAAGAAUUUUUCGUGGACUACUUCAACUACAAGCCUGAUGCAUCUGCUUUCAUCAAGCAGGUUGAACAAGACGGCACCUUCUUGGGCAAGUUCGAGUACCAGGGUCCUCGUUUCUCCAACUUGGACGAGUCUUUACAGGCUGCUGUUGAGAAGUACUUGCUGGACAAAGGUGUUGAUGCCGAAUUGGCUGACUUUAUCUUUGGAUUUUCCGAAGUGAAGGAGGAAAACUCGUACAGAUCCUUGUUGUCUAAUGUUUCCCAAUACUUGGAGCACAACUAA